AUGAAUUAAAUAGUAAAUCAUCAAGGUGUAAAUUUGUUAGUUUAUGGAAUACUCAUUAGAAUAAAAAUGCAUAAAUUGAAGCGAACUUAAAUAAUUUUAUUUUUAUGUCCAAAUGAAGCUAGAAUGAUUUAGAUGGUAAUUCAUUAAAAAAUAUUAGCUUGAUCCUCUUGGUACUUUUAAUAAUUACUUUGAUCUUACAUAAAUUUCAGAUAUGACAUCAGAAGAGCAACACAAAUUAAAAAUUAUCAAUCAAUAAGGAAACUAUAUUAAACUAUACUUUGAGAAUUAAAUUUAACUAAACAUGAUUAGAGAAGGUUUAUAAUAUCUAAUCGGAGAGGCAUUUCGAAUAUAAAAAUAAUUAGAUAGUUGUAAUUAAAUAUGGAGCAAUGCCUUAAAAUUGAUAACUAAAUCAGAUCUUGAUAUGGAUAAUCGAUUAAACUUUAAGGAAUUCUAAUUUCUGAUUGGUGAAUUAUAAAUUGAGAUUAGUGAAAGAAGACUCAUAUAAUUAUUUGAAAAGCAUUAAAAAAACAGUUAAUUAAAUGAAGCAACUUUGUAUAAAUUACUGAUGGAAAUAACAAGAAAACACGAAAUAAUUUAAUUAUAUUAAAAGUAUUGUAGCAAAUAAGAGGGAUUGUUUGAUGAUCCUCAUAAUACAAUGUUAAUGAAUGCUCAUGAUUUAGAAACUUUCUUUUUAAUUGAAUAAGGAUAAAAAGAUUAUAAAGCAUAGAAAUAGUUUUAUAAUUUUUAUGAUUUUUAAAAUAUAAUUUGUAACUAAGAAAAUACAAUAUUUUAAGCUAAGGAAUUAGAUAAAUCUUAUCCUCUUACUUCAUAUUAUAUAAACUCUUCUCAUAAUACUUAUUUAGAAACAAAUUAAUUGACAGGAUAAUCAAGUUGUUUUGCUUAUUAAGAUGCUUUUAAGAUGGGAUUUAAAUGUGUAGAAUUAGAUUGUUGGGAUGGAUAAGAUGGAGAACCUAAUGUAACACAUGGACAUACAUUAGUAAAUGAUAUAAAAUUUAUAGAUGUAAUUAAAACAGUAAGAGAAUUUGCAUUUUUUAAAGAUGAUAAUCCUGCUAUUUUAUCUUUAGAAAUGCAUUGUUCACUAAAAUAAUAAAAAAGAAUUGCUGAAAUAUUAAAAGCUGUUUUAGGGGAUAUGCUUUUUGUUAUUAAGGAUUAUAAAUAAAAACAAUUUGCAACGUUAUUGGAAUUGUAAAGAAAAGUAUUAAUAAAAUAUAAAGCUGAUGAAGAAUUUUUAUCAGAGAAAUUAUAAAUAAGAGAUCAUUCUUUAUCAUUAUAUUGUACAUAAACUUAAGAUGAUUUAAUUAUUUAAUUUGAAGAUGAUAUGGAUAACAAUGUUUAAUUAAAGUAAUUUAGUAAAACAUUGGAUAAUAAAUAAGUUAAGAAAAGUUGUAGAGAUAUAUUAGAAAUAACAUCUUUAUUUGCAGUAUCACUUAAAUUAAAUAACAAUCCAGAUUUAGUAUGGGUAGUUUCAAGUGUUUCUGAAGAUAAGAUAUAAGAUACAAUCAAAAAGAGUUAAGGUAAAUUUUAUGAUUACGUAAAAAAUUACUUUGUUAGAAUUUAUCCAUUAGGUUUAAGAUUUGAUUCAAGCAAUUAUGAUCCUUUUCCAUCAUGGACAGCUGGUGCUCAUAUGGUUGCUUUGAACAUUUAAACUAAAGAUAUAUUUAUGUUAUAUAACUAUGGUAUGUUUCUUAAUAGUUCAUAUGUUUUAAGAUAAAAUUGUGAUAUUAAAAUGACAAUAUUUGUUAAUAUUUUAAGUGCUAGUAAUUUAGUUUGGGAAGAUGAAAAAAGAAGACAAUAGGAAAUUGUUGAUCCUUAUAUCAAAGUUAGAAUUGCUGGAAAUAAAGAAGAUGUCAAUAAUUCAGAAAAAUGGAGAACUGAGACUAUUUAAGAUAAUGGAUAUCAUCCUAUUUAUAAUUACAAAUGCAAAAUUUAACUUAAGCAUGCUUAAUAAGAUGUUAUCUAUUUUUAAGCUUAUAGUUAUUCCCUUUUAGGUGAUUCUCUUUUAGGAUAAUAUUGUUUGUCUCCAUUAAAUUUAAGAAAGGGCUAUCGAAUUGUACCAUUAUUAAAUUCAUAACUAAAACCAUUAAAUAGCUCUCAUGUCUUGGUAAAUAUUAAAAUAGAAUAUUGA